GCAACAUUCAUUUCAGGAAAUGUCAAAUUGUCUGUAGCGGUCUGUAUAAUUUUAAUUCUCUAGAUGCAGACAGAAAAUCAAUAAAAUGCAUACGUACGUGAUAGUGAUAUAGUGAUCUCUCUCCUUGAUUGGUGUAUUUAUUUCACUGAAAGUCUUAAUUCUUUCAAUAUAAUUUAGAAAAGAAUAUUAUAACCUUUCAUGAGUUUGAUAACAGUAACUGACAUCAGGAUUGAUAAGAAAUCAAAACAAACAGAAGAUGAAUAAUUAUUCCACAUUCAAAAUGAUGAAAAUAGUGCAUCUUGAUAUGAAAGGCGCUCCAAUGAAGGUUGAUUAUUUGGAAAAGGUGUUCCAAGUAAUUAAAUCAUGGGGUGUGACUGGAGUUCUUCUGGAAUGGGAGGAUACCUUUCCAUACACAGGAGAAUUGGAUGAAAUUGGCAGUGUGAAGAAUGCUGGAGGUGACAACUUGUACAGCUUGGCUGAAGUCAAACAUCUGUUGGCUUGCAUCAAGGAACUGGGAAUGGAAGCUAUACAACUGGUCCAAACAUUUGGGCAUAUGGAGUUUGUUCUGAAGCACCCUGCGUUCCGUGAGCUGCGGGAGAUAGAGCAGGCCCCGGCUGUGAUGUGUCCUACCAAGUUGAAGUCUCUGCAGCUGGUGAUGGCGAUGGUAGACCAGGCUUUAGAGGUCCAGCCUGAUGCUACCUUCUUUCAUAUUGGGGCUGAUGAGGUAUGGCACGCAGGCAUCUGCGAGGAUUGUCAGGCAAAACUAGGGGAGGACAAGAUGACUAAAGCCAAGUUGUACUUGGAACACAUAAAGCGAGUGGUGCUUCAUGUGAAGAGUCGGAUGCCAAACAUAUCCGUGCUCAUGUGGGACGAUAUGCUGAGACCCAUGGACGCGGAGACUUUGCGAGAAUAUGCUAUAGGCGACCUCGCCAUACCUGUAAUAUGGCACUACAGCACGAUGGAGUGCUUCGGCCUGACAAAGGAAAUGUUCAACAUCUACACUCAACUGUUCCCCAAGGUCUUUGUCGGAACCGCGUUCAAAGGAGCUAAUGGGAGUUGUCAGGUAUUAUCACCAGCGGCCCGCUAUGUAAGCAACCACGAGGCUUGGCUCUCUCAUAUGAAGGAAAAUGAACGAGUCAACUUCAUCGGAGUCAUACUCACUGGCUGGUCUAGAUACGAUCACUACGCCACUCUAUGCGAGCUCCUGCCUGUAGCGUUGCCAAGUCUGGCAAGUUGCCUGAAGGUCCUACAUAGAGACAAUGACGGCAUACCUAUGGUAUCUCUGUUCCGUGUGUCAGGAUGCCGCCGCUUCACCCGGCGACGGAUAUGUCGUGCCCGCCCCAUAUCCCUGGCCGGCACUGACCUGGAUCCAGGUUCUUAUGCUAAACAUGCGCUAUGUGAAGAUAUACUGCCGUCCCAUGAGUGGCCUGGGGAGGAGGUGGCGAGGAGUAUUCACAGUUUUGUCAUACUGAGGGAAAGGGCCAUCGGACUGUUAACUAGCGAAAUGGUUCGCACCUGGCUGAAUCCGUGGCAGAUAGCUCGCAGGUACACCGUCCCAGUGCACGUCGAGGGCAUCAGAGUCACUGCACACCAUAUAUUAGGCGAGCUGAUAGUACUGAAAGCAGAUCUCACGAACUCUUUGCUCCGUAUGACUGGAGAGCGGAGCACUGACGAAUGGAUCCACUCGUACAUCGAACCUCUGAUCACUAAGGUCACUCGACUGUGCAGGAUUGCUGACGAGAGAGUCGUUUGUGAAGCUGGAGUCAAACCUUUGUAAGGCGAUGAAGAGGAGGCUACUAUGCCCAAUUUCAUCUAACCUCUUUAAUUUUAAGUACCCUUGUUACGGCCCCGGCAUUGUUACCGGACGGCCGCGGUACUUGCUCUAUGCCGUGCUAAUAUUUGUUGCUAAUAGAUGGCGCUGCUGGAAAUUGAAGUAUUUUUUUUAUUCAGAUUUAUUUUUAGGGUGAUUUGAUCCUAAUUUAAAUGCGAUUCUCUUGUGCCCAACAUUAAUUUUCUAAAUAUUAAGUUCAACAUUAGUUAGACUGACAAGACCUAUAUCUCUUGAAGCGCCAUCUGUUGAGAAUAAAAUAUACUCUAGUCUCAAUUACUUUGUUUUAAACAAAUCGACCUAAUUUUCUUUUAAUACCUUUCUUACUUAACAAAGGAAAUGAUUUACUAAGCCACAUAUAUUUUUCUAUUUAUAUUUGUUAUAGAAUGUUUUGUCCUUCUCUUUCAUAUUCGAUUAUUAAUUUGUAAGAACAAGACGAAACGUCCUAAAGCUUUAAUAAGUUUAUUGAUAUGUUAUUUAUGCAUCAGUCAGUCAAGUUGUUUAGUAUGCAGGUACUAUAAUAAAGAUUGAUCCAGCAUACAGACGGUAAUUAUUGUAUUAAUUAUUAUCACUUAUUUGACGAGGAACUCGACGAGUUUUAAGCCAUGCUAGAGG